AUAGUGGCUGCAUAACAUCACAUGAUCCAGGAAGAGUAUAUAUAUGGGCUUAACUACACUAAAGGGUUCACUUGUUUUACAAAUGGAGGAAAGAGAACAUGAAGAACAUGAAGAACACGAAGAACAUGAAGAACCUGAACACGAACAACACGAAGAACAGAAGUUUACAGAAAAGAUUGUCGAAAUAUGCAAGACCAGACCGAAAAUGGUGGCUUUGUUCUUGAUGUUUGUGACAUUCUGUUUUUGGCUUGCGGCCAUGAUUUCUCCUGGGUGGUUUAUCUUAAGAUGGGAGGAAACAAAAACAAUUAACAAAUAUGACAGAUUUGAAUAUUUCAAAUUGAAAAAAGAUUCAUUGACGCGGACUGAAACGAUAAAAUAUUCCAUAGAGAUGAGUAUAUUUCACUGGAAAGUGUGUGCAUCUGGAAAAUGUGUCAAAAUCAAUUAUAAAAAGCUCAAAAGAAUGUCUAAAGACACGACAGAUAGUCUACCUGGACUGUCUGAAAUAAAAGGUGAAAGCAUUUCAGCGUUAUGCUUUUGUGCUUUGGGGUUCCUAUGUCUUCUUUUUAACUUUGAAAAAUCUUCAACAGUUGUCACUGGAGGGGGUUUCAUGCUUUUCGCUGCUGUGCUGGAGUUAAUCCUGGUUAUUCGGAUGAUCGCAGCAAACACAGAAGUGAAGGAUGAUAUAGACGCUAUCAAAUCAAUCCUGGAUUCUGAAAAUAUUUCGAUAGAACUCGAGGUCCCUUAUUCCGUGAUUCUUGCCUGCUUUGGGAUUAUUUUAAGUCUCCUUGCGCUAUGCUUCUGUAGAGCGUUAUACUUAAAAUUGGGACAAGAGACCGCCGACGGACGGGUGCCGAAUUUGUUUCCGAUCUCCUUUCCUAUCAAAUUCACACUUCUAAGAAUAGAUGUCUAAUUUGAAAAAUUCUAUAAUGGCAUCAUUGUAUAUUUUCUGUUUACGGUUUUUUUUUUAUAAUUUUAAUUAAAGGUAAUCCAUGUAAAUAAUUAUGUUAUGAUAAUUUUCAACAUAGUAGAUGUUUUAUUUAAU